CCAAGAUGGCAGACGAAGAUGAGGAAUAUCUGCAAUUCGUAGCACUUCAUAGAAGUCAGUUAGAAUUUGUUGGAAUACCUUGUCACUUCUGGAAAUCAAUUCAUACAAAGUUGAAGAACGAGACUUACGAUGCUGGAAUAUUUUUCACAAUGGUUAAAGAAAGAGAUGGAAUUUUGAAAGUUUUUGUUACUAGAGAAGAUGGAAUGAAGGUGUCAGAUCCUUACUGUGUGUUUUUAAUUGAUCAUGCCUGGACGUACCAAGUGAAUUAUGCAAGAGCCCAGCUCAAGACAAUCCCUGGUCUUGCAGAUAGAAUGGGUUCUUUGAUGGCAGUAACAAAAGAUGAAGAAUCACUUCAAAUGAGUCAGGAACAACUCAUUGAAGAAAUCUUGGAAAAGAUGUGGAGUUUUAAUCAGAGUUACCGUUUAAAGGUGAGUUAUUCAAACAGCCACAUGUAUCAAAAGGAUGCUCAUGAUGAUGAUGAACAUACUCCUUUGUGGUUUGUCAUGGAUGAGUUUGGUUCUUGUAUAAAACAUUCAGAUGACCCUUCUUUUGCAAUUGGUAUUCUUCAUUAUGUACCUCUUGGCAUGGCCUUCUCAAUACUAUGGCCCUUGAGAGAUAUGGAUUAUGGAGAGGAAGUUACUCGGGAUUAUGUAGCACCCAUCACAGAACCACUCUUACGCGAUUGUUCUCUGUUACCUUGGUUCCCUGACAAGCUGGAAGAUGAAAAUUGGAUCAAACAAUUGACUGCUGAAAGAGCAAUAGAUCUUGUCAGGGAGGAACUCAGUGCAAUGCAGAUGAAGGACUGGCAGGGUGAGCUUUAUCCUAGCCACAAAUGUACAGAACUUACUGCUGUAACACCUGACAGUGAAAAAGUAUAUCGUGUUUUCACUGAUGUUCAACAAGUAACAGAUUUUCUAACACAUCCAAGAUUUUUUCUGGUAGACAAUAAAGAAGAAGCAGAUAUUCUAUGGAUAAGGGAGCAUUUUAAAGAUUUUAGAUCUCUUCAAGAAAAUGGUAAAUUUAUAAAUCAGUUUCCAAAUGAGAACAGCCUGGUAUGCAAAGAUCUUCUGGCAGCAGUGUGUCAAAAUGCAACCCCCUGUGGAGAUGGCAAAGAAGAUGACUUACUUGUGAGAGGACCUGAAUGGCUACCUGUUACUUUCAACUUAAAUUUCGAACUUCCCCUGUUUCUUGAUCAUUACAUAAAGAGAAAGAAGAGAGGGCUUGAUAAUCACUGGAUUUGUAAACCAUGGAAUCUAGCAAGAGCCCUUGAUAGCCACGUGACGUCAAAUGUAAACUACAUUUUGAGACUGAGAGAGACUGGGCCAAAGGUUGUCUGUAAAUACAUAGAAAACCCGAUUCUGUUCCAUCGGGAAGAUGUUGGUCAGGUCAAGUUUGAUAUACGUUACUUAGUUCUCAUCAGCUCAGCAGAGCCCCUUGUGCUCUAUGCAGAUAAAGUUUUCUGGUUACGAUUUGCCAACCAGCCAUUUUCUAUGGAUUCUUUCGAUGUUUACGCGAAACAUUUCACAGUUAUGAAUUAUCGGGACAGUGAAAAUUUAAAGCAGGUGCAUCACCACGAGUUCAUUCCUAUGUUUGAAAAACAAUAUCCUGAUCACAGAUGGGCCGACGUCGAGGCAAAAAUUUUCAAAAUGUUCCGCGAGAUGUUCGAGGCGGCUGUCUGCGACUCGCCACCCAAGAAGUUGAUACACUGUUCGCAGUCUCGUGCAUUUUAUGCCGUUGAUUUGAUGCUCAAAUGGGCGGACGAUGGCUCAAACGAAAUAGUACCUCAAGUUUUGGAGGUAAACUACGUCCCAGACUGUGAGCGAGCUUGUCAAUAUCAUCCGAAUUUCUUUAACUUUAUUUUUAGUUUGCUGUUUCUCGGAGAUUCAAAUGGAUGGCCUGUUGAAAAGUUAUCAGGCUGAAAUCCCUUAUUCUUUCUUACAUCGCCAUGAGCGUUUUAAUAUAAUGUGUUCAAAGUCUUGUGAAACCAUUCUCGUUCUUUUUGAUAGUUUGAAGACAGUAAAAAUGUAAGGAAUACUUGACAGCGUUGUUACGUGUCACUGCAGACAACAAUCUAUUUAUUGUACAUUACGGCAAAAAAACCCAAUAAAAUAAACUCGUAAAUGCACCGG